CAUAUUUUAUGCGAUAAACGAAUAGCAUUGGCAUUAUACUUUAUGCGAUGAACGAAUCGCCUAUAUAUUUAGUUUAAUUAUUUAAUCAGUCUGAGUCACCUGUUAGCUCCAUCGUCGACAAUACUCGUUAGCAUCUCCAACUAUUACUCAAUCUGCAUUUCCUUCUCUCAUCAGACCGUUAAUAAUGGCGGCAAAUGAUUCGCUUGCUCAGUUCCUCUCCUCCGCCGUUGAUGCAGCCAAGAAAGCCGGCGAGAUAAUUCGAAAAGGGUUCUACGAGACCAAGCAUGUGGAGUACAAAGGCCAGGUGGAUUUGGUCACGGAAACUGAUAAGGCAUGCGAAGAUCUCAUAUUUAAUCAUCUCAAGCAACUUUACCCCACACAUAAGUUCAUUGGGGAAGAGACUACUGCUGCUAAUGGUGUAACGGAGCUGACUGAUGACCCCACAUGGCUAGUUGAUCCCGUAGAUGGAACCAUUAACUUUGUACAUGGGUUCCCCUUUGUCUGUGUCUCAAUCGGCCUUACAAUUGGAAAGAUUCCUACAAUUGGUGUUGUUUACAACCCAAUAAUUGAUGAGCUCUUUACUGGCAUACGCGGAGGAGGUGCAUUUCUCAAUGGAAAUCCUAUAAAAGUAUCAUCUCAGACUGAACUUGUGAAGUCUCUCCUUGUAACUGAGGUUGGAGUAGAACGUGAUAACGUAACAGUGGAUGCAACCACAGGGACAAUUAAUCGCCUACUUUUUGAGGUGAGAUCUAUUCGCAUGGGCGGCUCCUGUGCACUGGCCCUCUGUGGAAUAGCAUGUGGGAGGCUUGAUCUAUUUUACAUGGACGGCUAUGGGGGUCCUUGGGAUGUUGCAGGUGGUGCUGUAAUUGUUACAGAAGCUGGAGGGUGUGUUUAUGAUCCAUCUGGUGAGGAGCUUGACAUCACAUCUCGAAGAGUAGCAGCAUCAAACCCUCUGCUUAAGGCAGCAUUUGUUGAUGUUUUGCGAGAAUCGGAAUGAGUCAGCUUCUUCACUCUAUGAAAUAUUUCAAGUUAAACAUCCUCUCAAUGAAGCAUAAAAUUGGAUUACUGAUUUGAUUACAUGGGUGUAAGUUAGUAUAUCCUUUACACCAUUGAAAUCGUCUUUAGGGCAUGUGAAAUGCCAAAUUAAUUGUCGAACCUAUUUUGAUGAUGAUAUAUCGUUGGCAAUGUUUGUAUUUGCUGUAUGUUCUUUAGCUUCAGAAAUAGAUUUGAUGUUUCGAGUAAAUGAAAGUGAAGUCAUGAUUGAGAAU